CAUUUAUGCUAAUGCCUAGCUCGUGAGUGAUGGAGGGAAGGAGCGUUAAAGGCAUGGUCUUGCCAUUGCAAUUGACAUUACUGGCACCUUCCUCGUCGCUUUCAGUCGGACAAAAUGUGUUUAUAUGGACGGGCAAUCCCCAGGACACUGUCUGUCUACAUCAACACCAUAGCACCAUAGCACCCUAGCACCAUAGCACCAAAGCAUAGUCUAUCUCAUAAUCACCACAACACCAUUAGCGGGUUCCCUUUUUCAGUAAUUACCAAAGUAAGUCCCCCUCCUCCCCCAUCAUACCCUCUACUAACCCUCACAGAUGCAUUCCAUCAACCUCACCAUCCUCCUCCUCCUUUCCCUCCUCCACCUCGCCCACGGCAACCAAACCAAGCUCUUCACCCGAGGCCCCGCCUUCACCAGCUACCCUAACCCCACCUUUAACAUCACCAGUCCGGACCUGGGCAAAUCCGGCUCCCCUAUUCCCAUCGACUACUCCGCCGACGGCGCCGGCCUCUUCCCCUCCCUAAGCUGGCGCACCCCACCGGCAGCAAUCGAAGAAUACGUCCUCAUCAGCGAAGACCCGGACGCACCACUCGCCGAGCCCGUCGUGCACGGCAUCUACUUCGGCAUCCCGCCGGUCUUCACGGGCGUCAACCACGCCGAUUUUAUGGUGGACGAGUCGAAGCACGACGCGUUCCGGCUAACGGGCGGGUUCAAGUACGGCGAGAAUCGGGGGGAGGGGGUGUAUCUGGCGCCGGCGCCGCUGCCGGGCCAUGGGCGGCAUCGGUACUUCUUUCAGCUGGUGGCGCUUAGUGGGAAGGUGGAUCAGCGAUUUUUGAGCGAUUUGGCGACGAGGGAGGAGAUUUUGAGGGAGGUAGAGGGGAAGGUUGUUGGUUGGGGGGAGUGGGUAGGGGUUAUGGAGAGGGAGUGACA